AUGGAUCCUAAUGCCUUUAUGGUGGGAGGUGGCAUGCAGAUGCAGCAAAGACCACAGCCCCAAAAUGACCAACACACAAACGAACUCCUGGCUAGGAUCGUACAAGAAUUGAACAAGAAUCCCAUACACACAGGAUGGCAGGCUGGCUUCGACCUUCGUACUCGUGCUGUGUGCAUUCUCAACCUCGACUUGGCCAGCGCCGUCCAAGUCGCAAUGCGCUUCGAGAGUCAAAUUAUCGCUAACAGUCCCUCCGAGGUCCGUCCAUGUUCUAUUCCUACAUCUUUCCCGAUCCCACAUGCUGACUUCUGGAACAGNGACCAGUGGAUGGCAGGCAUCAAGCAAAAGCUGAACGAGAUCAGUCAGGCACACCAACAAGCGCGCAUGAAAGCACAGCAACAACAGCAACAAGCCAUGGGAAUGCAGAUGCAGCCCAGUCGCUCACAUCAAGGCGAGAUGGCACCACAAAUGUCCAUGGCGCCGCAGAUGAUGGGCCAGAUGAAUAUGCAACCACACAUGCAGCAGCCUCAACAACAACCGCCACCCCAGCAGCAGCCGCAACAACCACAACAACAGAUGGCUCAGAACCAGCAGGCUCAGACUUACAGCCCGGAGGAGCAAAAGCAAAUAACCAACCUUGCACGCAGCAUGAUAACUUCCGUCCCUGAAGACCAAAGAAACCUCAUGCGUCAGCGCAUAUUGGCCACUAUACCUCCACAGCAGAGGGAACACUACCAGCGCCAAGGGAUUGACCCUCUUGCCAAACAUUUCCAGCAGCUCGCAAUGAANAAGUUUAAUGCUUCGAGGAGGCCUCAACAGGCUGGUGGUCCCAUCGACUUCUCGUCUUUUGCCGGCCAACAGGCUGAUGCCAUGAAGAUGGCCGACCAAGGUCAGCUCGUCGUGCCAGCCAGUAACAACAACAUGGGCAUGGAUCCCGCAGCCACCAACAUGGCCAACAUGGGUCAGAUGAACAUGCCGCCUGCCAUGCAAAACAACCAGCAGCAGAUCCAGAAUAUGAUGGCCCAGAGACAACAGCAGACACAGGCCCAAAUGCGCAACACUCAGAUGCAGCAACAGGCCCAGGCUCAAGCCCAAGCUCGUAGCGCUGCUCAGCAACAAGCCCAGCAACAGAUGCUCAGGGGGCAGCCCGGUGGCCUCAAUACCACUCAGCCUCUUCAGCAAAGCCCUGCCAUGUCGAUGCUCAACCGUCCCAUGGUCCCACCUGGUCAACCCUCUCAAACGCCUCCUCAAACUCGUCCUCAGCCCACUCCUCAACCUAAUCAGCAGAUGAACCCUCAGAUGAUGGCUCAGUUCAGCCAACAGAUUGCGAACAACCCUGGUCUAUUCCCUACUCCCAAACCAGAUCUACAGAUUCCCCCGGGUGUGCAGCUUCCACCGCAGUUGAGAGCCAAACUCGAGGGAAUGCCACCUGAUCAACAGCAUCAGAUUCUACAAAGAAUUCGCGACUCGCAGAAAACGCCGCAGUCAAAUCAAGCACAACAAGCACAACAGAUGAUGAUGAACGGUCUGAAUCCCGGAGCACUCAUGGGCCAGCAACUACCGAACGGUGGUAUGGGUAUGCCCCAACAAGUUCCCUUGAAUCCUCAGCAGAUGGCUAUGGGUAUGCCCGGAGCUCCAAAUCACCAACAGAUGCAGCAGCGGCUUUUGAUGCAACGGCAGCGUGAGAUGGACGCAAGGCCUUUCCCUCCACGGGUCUUGAACGAGAUAUGUUCAGUACCGCCGAAUGUCAAAACAUGGGGUCAACUGAAGGAAUUCGUGCAACAAAACCAACAGAAUCUGCCUCCAGAUAUGCUCGAAAAGGUUCGUCGCUUCCAGUCGAUCGUCAUACAAAAGCAGCAGCAGCAGGCUGCAAUGGCCAACGCCAAUGGAACACCUGGAAAUCAGAUGCCUGGCCAGCUACCGCAAGGCGCUGUGCCUAACCACCCAACAAUGGCCGGUAGCCAAGCUCCUCCUGCCCAAAUGGUACCACAACCAUCUCAAAUGGGUCCAGGGGCAGGUAUGCCCAACAUGAACGCAAAUCCCCAGAAUCUCGGCAACAUGGGCAACAUAACCAUGCCUCCAGUUACAGAGCAAGAAUUACAAGCUUUCAAAGCGAGGAUCCCCGCAGCUCAGAACUGGUCGCACGAGCAGCUUCGAAAGAACUUCAUGCAGUGGAAGUACCAACAGAUGCAGAAGCAGAAUCCUGCCAUGNNGCUCAACAAGCUANNUGAAUGCGAUGAGACAAGCUCAGCAGCUGCAAACACCUGGCAUGCCUCAAAAUCCUAUGGCACCUCAAGUGCCCCAGAUGGUGCUCAAUCUGCCGCCAUGGUGCCUCAAUUGUCUCAAAAACAGCAUGCGAACAUGCAACCGCAAAACACACCAGCGAACAAGAAGGGUCAGAAGCGCCAAGGUACAAAUGAUGAUGUUGUCGAGAUCCCCAACCCCAACCAGUCACCCCAAAGGCCUGCAGUCAACAACGCUCAACAGCAGAAGAACCAGAAGCCAACUAUGCAGCUCGAUCCUGAGCAGCUCAAAAACAUGCACCCUGACAAGAUCAAACAAAUGGCUCCUGAACAGCGUGCUGUUAUGCAACAGUCAAUGCAACAACUUCAACAGAAAAUGCAAAUGGAUGCUCUGAAGAGAGCACAGUCCUCAACUAACCAGAACCAGAAGAAUUUGGAGGCAUCUCAAGCUCAAGCUGCACAAAUGUCGCAAGCUCAACGCGAGCAGUUGCAAGCCCAAGGCGGUCCCCAGCCAGCGCAAGUCUCGCAGCUCAAGGUUCAGCAGCAGAGAGCCAGGUUGGCCGCCAUAACUUCGGAGACACAGGCCGCCUAUCGCAAGGGUCCUCCUCAGGAGGUGACUGACGCCAGCUUCAACGAGACGGUUUCGAAGUUGAAUGGUUGUCGAGACAUGAUUGUGAAGCUGGAUAAGAUGCUGCCCACUGCCAUGACAUUCGUCAACGACAAGAUAGUACGUCAGAUCUGCCUCGAGAGGGCUAAGCUUCUUGGUGAGAUGAACUUGGAUGGCAAGAUUAACGACUAUCUCUCGCUGUCGAUACAGCAAAUCGGCGAGGCCGAGUCGAGGAUUCGUCAGUUCAUCAUGCAGUGUUUGCAGCACAUCCAGAAGUUGAAGACGACUUCUUCGCCGGAGCAAGCGCAGCAAAAUACAGAUCAAGCGAAGCCUCCAACAGCACAACUGGCAGCUACUGCGGCUAUGGCAAGAACAGCAUCCAAGAGUGGAGACCGAUCGAAACCUCCUCCGGCGCCUACAUCGGCCGUGCCUCCUCCUUUCCCUGUCAGUCAUCCAUCCCCCCACGGUGUACCCGUCUAUGACGGCAGUAUUCAAGGACUUACCCCUGAUAAGCUACAACUCCCUGCCAAUAAGCGCAGAAAGACUGGCCAGCCUGGUAGUUCGGCUUCGACUCCCGCAAACGCAGGCACAACCCCUGGCAGCAUGCCUAGCCCCAACAUCAAGAUGCAAAGUCCUGAUGACAAGAGGAAACAAAUGCAGCCCAAGGUUGAACCUCCACGAGGUCCGGAGAAGAAGUUCAAGUGCGCAGAUGAGUACUGCGAGUUCCAUGUUACCGGUUUCGAGAAAGAAGAAGAGCUUCAGGCACACACAGCCGAAGCACACAAGCAGAUUGAGAAUCCUCUUGACUUCUUCCUUGAGAACGCGGCUGCAGCGUUUGAGCUCGACAUGGAUGGAAACGAGAAGGCACACCAAAUCGAUAGCAAGCCAGUUCUUGUCGGUGCUAAAACAUCUGCACUGGGACCAAACACUAUCAAGAAGGAGGCGCUCAAGGUUGAUGGACAAAAUCCUGCUAAGACUAUCAAGGCAGGCACGCCUUCUCCAUUCAUCAAGCCAGGGACGCCACCGACCGCUGCCCGUACACUUCAAGGGCAGAAGAGACCAGCACAAGACGGCGAGCCAAUUUCGGCAUCGCCCAAGAAGAAGACCAUGCUUGACACUAUGAUGGAGAAGGCUGGUGUUGCUAUGCCGCCAACUGAGAAGCCCACUGUGCAUGAGGAUCGUAAGCAAUCUUCGACAUCUCCUAACAUGUGGAACAACAAUGAUGCCGAUGACAACUUCAUGAGGUCGGUUCGUGAGAGUCUGAAUGGUCUCGAUGAUGGGCUACAAUACUCGGACUUGGACUGGCCCAUUGACCCCUCACCUGAUUUGACACCCUCGAGUUCCAAUUCUGGCACUUCAGCGGCAACCUCUAACUUUACCGACAUCAGCGAGCACGACCGUCUCAAGAUCAUGUUCGAGAGCGAUCCCUUCGGUCUCGGUUCUGGAAUACAAUUCGAUAUGGGCGAUGACCUUGGCAUGGGUAUUAUGGGUAUCCAAUCUACAUUUGACAACAANAAGGAAGGUCAGGACAAAGCCACACCACCACCUGACGUUAGUUGGGACGCCCUGUUUGGGCCCAACGCUGGCAUGGAUAGGAACGAUACCAACUGGGACAAAGAUCCCUUUGGCAACAGCAUUUUUGACGGCGUUACCUUCUCCGACAUUUAG